UUUGUGGGACUCUUCGUUUUACUGAACAUGAAUCAAGCACAUCGAUAUGGCGAAGCUCAAGAUGAAGCUAUCGUGACAGGUUUCGAGAUACCAACAUCACCUGAUGUAAGUUACAACAACGUUCAUCCUGGAAAUGAAGAUGAUGCUCGUGAACCACCAAUGGUUCCACAACAGCUGCACACUACUGUAUUGAACCACCCCAGUGUGACUAGGGAUCAGUCUGCAGAGCUUCCAUCACCACAACAUGUGGUUCUAAACCAUCUCUACCUUGAGGACAGACAAGCCCAGGGACCAGUCGUGGCAGUCGGUGUAACUUCUCGUUUUCGCUCAAAGUUUGUUACCGUUGUGCUUUACAAACCAGCUGAAAGGAGAAGAGGAAGUACCAGCAAUGCCUGAUUGUUCGUUCUGAUGGAAACAAUAGAUAGAAAGGUAAAUACAAAGCAAUUGAUCCGCAGGAAAUCGUUUAUUUCUUCACAGCUGGUUCUGAAAGUAGAAAAAAAAUUAGGACCGCGAUCUUCCUUGGACUUGAACGAUCAAAACUAGAUCGCGGUUAGUUUCGAAAAAUUUACUAUUGUAGUAUGGUAAAAAAAUUAGUCAUGUGUCUGCUGUUAGUUUUAACUUUGGCAAAGUUUUAUUGUUGUGCAUUAGACUGUAGCAUAUGUUCGAUAUCCUUAUCUUCAUCAUGUGUUAUGAUGCCCUUAACAAUUAUAUGCUCUUCAAUCUAAGAAGGUAUCUUUAUCUAAA